UCAAGCAUUGCAGCCCUUCCUGACUACAAAAAGGAAGGCAAUUUAGUGCAAAAUAGUCUGAAAUGUCAGAAACAAGCUCUUUAUCUGAAAGCUCUUUAUCAGACACUGAAAAAAUUACUGAUGUCGAGCUUCAAAAGCCUCAAAGCAAGUCAUAUAAGAAAAAGGCAAACAAUUUGUACGAUGAAGAAAGCAAUCAGAUGACUGACAAAGAAAUGGACAAUUCAGGUUCCAUGAAGGAAGAAGACAGUAAAAAAGGGGACUUGGAAGAGCAAAGACUUUCUGAUACAACAAAUCAGGAAAGUUCCAAUGUCUUAGAGAAAGAGCAGCUGAAUUUACCAGCAGAAGGAGAGGAUAUGAAAAAAGAUGAAAAUAUUGCCAAAAAAGAAGCACAAAACUUACCUGAAGAGAAAAAUGACCAACAAAGAUCUGAAACAUUAUUUCCAGAUAAUGAUCAGCCCAAGCAAAUAAACCUAAACACUGGUGAGACCCAACAAAAAAAGAGUAAUCAAAGCAAGCCUGAGAGUACAGCAGUCAAACAAGACAAUCCGGAGAUCAAAGCAAUCAAGCAAAAUGAGCCAAAGAUCAAGCAAAGUGAGUCUGAAAGCAAAACAUUCAGACAAAACAACCCAGAGAGUGAAGCAGUCAAGAAAAAUGAGCCAGAGAUCAAAACAAUCAAGCAAAGUGAGUCUGAGAGCAAAGCAGUCAAAGAAAACCCAGAGAGCAAAGCAAUCAAGCAAAACAACCCAGACAGCAAAACAGAUAAGCAAGAUGAGCAAAAUGUAUUGAAAGACUUAAAUAAUGAUGAUGGGCAUAUAUAUGACUCAUCAGGAAACACUUCUUUGAGACACACAAGGAGAGCUCAUUCACAAAUGAAAUACAAAACAGCAGAGGAACUAGUGAAAAAUGAACUAAGCAAGAUUAAGCAUAGCUUCAGAGCAACUUCAAGCAGGCACUUUUUAAACAGACCCAAAAGAGAGCCAUACCACCCUUUUGUGUGGAACAGUUUAUCUCCAUACAGCAACACACAGAGUUUGGAAUAUCUUCUUGACAGUCCUUUUAUCAUAGGACCCUACAGAAACCGACUUACUGCUACAGAUAUUGUUGAUCCUGAGGUUUCCUGGAGAAUGGAUAAAACAAUUGUACCACAAUUUUACCUUGGUCCAAAGUCUCAAAAAGUAGACAAGACAAGUAGCAAUGAAAGCAAUGAAGCAUUGAGAAGCACAACAUCUGCAGCUGUAAGGAAGGAAAGAGAAAAAUAUCUUUCAGAACGAAAAUCUAUGCUUCCAGAUGUGCAUGUGAAAGAUAACACUCAUAACAAUUACACAAAACAGAGUAAAAAAAUGGGUAAACAUCCAGCUACACAAAUCAUGAUUGACUACCAAAGAUCUCAAGGAAAUGUCUUUAAAAUGGACUUGGAUAAAGUACUCACCGAUUAUUCUGGUCUUCCGGGAUCUUUGCGGGUAGCUUAUAGGACUUACACAGGAUUCAGAAAAAGAACUGUACAAGGACACUGAAGAAUAGGAAAAUUAUGUGAAGCUGCAAUUGAACUCCUAGUUUUCUGGAAAUAUCCAGGGAAGUAGCCUUCAUCUAGGACCUGACUAGAUUACAAGCUUAGAUGUACAUGGACAUAUCCCAUUUAUUUUUAAAUGUAAAUGCAUGAGAUUUUGUCGGUAAACAUAAGAGGUAAACUAGUGACAAUUGUAGCACCCAAAAAAUGGAACAAAGACAACCACAUCCAAUUGUGGUAGUUUUCAGUGUAAGGUCAUGUAAUGUCCAUCAAGUGAGUCUGGCAAAAAACACCUGAUCCAGCACCUGAACCUCCAAAGUAAAUUGUGAAUAUAUCAUAACUACAGUUCAGUUUCUUUAAAAUUGAAAUUGUCUUU